AUGUUUACUCUUUCGUCCUCCUCCGCGAUGCCUCUCCUCCAAUUCCCCGUCAAUCGAGGAUCAUCGUAUCUCACUGCUCCGUCGGUCAAGUUCUCUGUUCCCCUCCGCCGGGGACAGUAUGUUCAAGCCUCUGUCGCCGUCUUCCCCAAGACAAUUCCUGCAUACUCCAACACCUCUAACCGCGCGAUGCAGAGCCUGUACGAGAUUCUGAAGGUCGAGCUAAUGGCGUCAUUUGGAGAGAUUAAGGUCGCGUACAGGACCCUCGCCAAGAUUCAUCAUCCAGAUCGGGAACGCUUCGACAAUGGCGAUUGCAACUUCAUGCAGAUUCGUGAUGCUUACGAGACACUCUCAGAUCUAGUUGCGACUUGCGAGGUCGCUUUAUGA